AUGGCGGUGCACACGGUCCUGGGCAAGGUGGCCACCACCCUGCCGGGCGCAGACGCCGCCCAGGGCACCAGCGAGUGGUCGCGCGCGGUGAGCGCCCCCGCGGUGCUGGUGGCGGAGGCGGUGGGGGCGGCGCUGGAUGACCGGCUCAAGUGGAUCCGCUACAAGGCCGCAGUGGCCGAGGUGCGGAGGGGCUGA